UAACGCAUUUGACACUUUUACACAUUUUUAAAUAUAUCGCUUGGUAAUGUUUGGAUUCGCGCCUAUUGCGUAAUCUUGAGCACCUCAGAAGUUGUCUUGUUGCUAUGCUUUGACAUUAGCUAGAGGUUGUAAAUGAAAAUGGAACUUACAUCUGCGUUAGAUGAUUCCGUAAUUUCUGCCAUGCAUACAAAUAAUGAUAAUGUACCUGUUCCUUUGGACACCCCUUGGACAUUUUGGAUUGAUAAGACUGAAAGAGGGGUAUCGGCCGCUGAGUAUGAAGCUAGUUUACAAAAAGUAUAUACUGUUGCUACAGUGCAGUCAUUUUGGAGUGUAUACAAUAACAUACCUGAUGUUCGAGAAAUCAAGAGAAAAUAUAGCUAUCAUUUAAUGCGUGGUGAGCGAAGACCUGUUUGGGAAGAUGAAGAAAAUCGUAAGGGAGGAUCUUGGCACUUCAAAAUUAAUAAGCAAGACUCGCCAAGGGCUUGGAAAGAACUUCUGUUAGCAGCUAUUGGUGAACAAUUUGUGGAUUAUCUCAGCAAAGGGGAUGAUGUUUGUGGCAUCAGUGUAACUGUUAGAGAUAAAGAUGAUAUCAUUCAAGUGUGGAAUAGUGAUGCUUCAGUUGCCAAUGAUAUAAGGACGAAGGUUUAUGAUCUUUUACCAGGUGUGAAAUUCAUUGCUGAAUUUUAUAGAGCUCACAAUACUCAUCGCUCUUUUGAAGAUACAGCGGGAAAAAGUUCCAAGUGGUUGAUACUUACUUUGGUUUGAAUUCAUCUCGAUCCC